UCUUAUUUAGUUAAGUCUGUAGUCUGUGACUUUGUUUGUGUACAAAACUGUUGUACGAAUCCACCUAAACACCAACUAUUUAAAUCUAAGGCUUGUUAAAUUAAAACAGGUUCAAUAAUAUUAAAGAAAAAUCAUGAAGUUAACUGUAGAUGGCUUACUUGUAUACUUUCCAUACGAUUAUAUUUAUCCAGAGCAAUAUGCAUACAUGCUGGAAUUGAAGCGUGCAUUAGAUGCUAAGGGCCAUGGACUGUUGGAAAUGCCUUCAGGGACCGGUAAAACUGUGUCAUUGUUGUCACUUAUUGUUGCUUAUAUGAUACAAAACCCCCACCAUGUAAGAAAACUUAUAUACUGUUCCCGAACUAUUCCUGAAAUAGAAAAAGUUUUAGAGGAAUUAAAAAAUCUAUUUAAGUACUAUGAAAAGUCACAAGGAGAAAGACCCAAUCUUACUGGAGUUGUUUUAAGUUCUAGAAAAAAUAUGUGUAUACAUCCAGAGGUUUCCCAAGAAAGAGAAGGCAAAUUAGUUGAUGGCAAGUGUCACUCUCUAACUGCAAGCUACAUCCGAGAGAGGCAUGAGCAUGAUAUAAGUGUUCCUAUUUGCCAGUUUUAUGAAGGUUUUAACACUGAGGGAAGAGAAUCAAUGCUACCAUAUGGAGUGUAUAAUGUAGAUGACCUAAAGCAAUAUGGAGCUGAUAGGAACUGGUGUCCUUACUUUCUCUCUAGAUUUGCGAUAAUACAUGCAGAGAUAGUAGUGUAUUCAUAUCACUACUUACUUGAUCCAAAGAUAGCAGAGGUUGUAUCGAAAGAGUUGAAUAAGGAAGCAGUAGUUGUCUUUGAUGAGGCUCACAAUAUAGACAAUGUAUGUAUAGACGCGCUCAGCGUCAAAAUCACUCGCCGUACCAUAGACAAAAGUACACAAGCUCUACAAUCCCUAGAGAAGUCCGUGGCUCAAAUGAAGGCAGAGGAUAGCACUCGUCUAGCCGCUGAGUAUGAGGCAUUAGUUGAAGGAUUACGGGAAGCGGCCCAAGCGAGAGAUACGGACACAAUACUCGCGAAUCCCGUAUUACCUGACGAGGUUUUGGAUGAGGUGGUCCCCGGUAACAUUCGCAAUGCUGAGCAUUUCUUGGGUUUUCUGAAGCGGUUUAUCGAAUACCUCAAGACACGUCUCCGCAUACAACAUGUUGUACAGGAAUCUCCCGCUGGUUUCUUGAAGGACGUGUCAGCGCGCGUGUGUAUUGAGCGAAAACCGUUAAGGUUUUGUGCUACGCGACUACAGUCACUCUUGCGCACGCUACAGGUAUCUGACCCUUCUCACCUCGCGUCCCUGACGCUAGUGACUAAUUUGGCUACUUUAGUGUCUACGUAUACCAAAGGCUUCGUCAUAAUCAUAGAGCCCUUUGAUGAUAGAACACCCACUGUGUCUAAUCCGAUAUUGCAUUUUUCGUGUAUGGAUUCUUCAAUAGCUAUGAAGCCGGUGUUCGCGAGAUUUCAGAGUGUCAUCAUUACUUCAGGCACAUUGUCUCCUUUGGACAUGUACCCGAAGAUCUUGGAUUUCCAUCCUGUUGUAGUGAGUUCCUUCACCAUGACCCUCGCACGGCCCUGCUUAUUGCCCAUGAUAGUGUCAAAAGGCAGCGACCAAGUUGCAAUAUCGUCUAAAUAUGAGACUCGAGAAGACGUCGCUGUCAUCAGAAAUUAUGGACAACUUCUUGUUGAGAUAUCAGCGUGCGUACCCGAUGGCGUAGUGUGUUUCUUCACUUCGUAUUUAUAUUUAGAAAGUGUCGUUGGCGCUUGGUACGAUCAAGGUGUUGUGGCAAGUCUCCAACGACAUAAACUACUCUUCAUCGAGACCCAAGACUCUGCAGAAACGAGUUUCGCUCUCAUCAAUUAUAUAAAGGCGUGUGAGAGCGGCCGCGGGGCAGUGCUGUUGUCCGUGGCUCGCGGCAAAGUGUCGGAAGGAGUGGACUUCGACCACCAUUUGGGCAGAGCUGUACUUAUGUUCGGGAUUCCGUACGUCUUCACGCAGAGUCGGAUACUUAAAGCCCGACUCGAGUAUUUGAGGGAUCAAUUUCAGAUACGUGAAAACGACUUCCUAACGUUUGACGCGAUGCGUCACGCCGCUCAGUGUGUCGGACGAGUGUUACGUGGUAAAACAGACUACGGUGUCAUGAUAUUCGCGGAUAAGCGUUUCAGUCGCGCGGACAAGCGAACUAAAUUGCCAAGAUGGAUACAGGAACAUCUUAAGGACUCUCUUACUAAUCUCUCAACUGAGGAAGCCGUGCAGAUCUGCAAGCGUUGGCUCCGACAAAUGGCCCAACCCUUCACUCGCGAGGAUCAACUGGGUGUGUCUCUGCUGACCCUACAACAGCUUCAGAGCAAAGAACAGCAGGAGAAGAUACAACGAGCGGUAGUACAGCAAUGACCGUAGUGGGGACGUAUCUAAGAGUUCCCUGCUGGUAAGAUGAUGAUAACUUGAAGGGGUCACACGCGAAGAAAGUCUGCAGCUUAAAUCGUAUGUGGUUAGGCCAGUAUAUGAGCAGUAACUAGACUUGGAUUGCCUAGCAGUAGCAAGACUCGAAAAUUGUAUUACAAAAUUUUAUGUAUUGGAAAUGUGUAUUUUUACAAUAAAUUAUAUCAGACAGUUCUUUUUUAAUUCACCUGGACUAAUUCUGGGUUUCACAAAAAUAAAAAUCAUUUACACACAUAUAUACAUAUAUUUUAUUUAAAGUGCUUUACACUGUUACAUUCAUGAGAAUAAAUAACAGUGUGUGCGUGUGCGUGGCACAGGACGUAUGAAUGAGAUAAUUAGAGAAUUCAGUUAAAACUCAAAACCACAAGAAAAUCACUUAAACAAGUCGUCUAUUUUUAACAAUAUUUAAUGUUUCGUGCGACAAAUAUUUUUUAAAACACAGUAUUGCACAUUAACAUUUUUCCAAAUUUAGGAAAACACAUUUAAUCGUAAUAUACUAAAUAAAUGCAAAUAUCUUAAACUAAAAAACGCACCGACUUAUAAUGUACAAAGUGAAUGUUGAAAAAGUCACUGCAUUUCCUAAAACUUUAACAAUUAAUUCACAUUACAUAGCAAAAAUAAAAUAUGUGUAAUGACAUUCAAUAACAAAAAAUACAAUAAGUAUUUUGAGCCUUUCUCUGUAGCGUAAGAAUGAAAAACAGAUUGUCUUAUGUUUCGGUUAGUGAUGAUAAAGGCUGUUAGAAUGUAAAAUGAGAGACAAAAUGAUACGUGUCGCUCGAUUAUGAUUGGUCAAACGGAAAGACAUCGUAUCGCAAAUCAGUAAUAUGACAAGCUGCUGACCAAACACAAUCAAACGAAUCGUGUAUCGUCUGUCAUUUUGAAUUCUCAAUACUGAACACAAUAAAAAGCCCUGAACAAAUGGUAAUUUUAUUAAAUACUUGCAUUAACUUAUUAAAAAUUGGAGCAUUUUUAUGCAUAACAAAUAACAUAGUAACACAUACACAAUAGGCUUACAAUAUGCAGCCGCCAUUUAAAAAAUAACAAUUCAAUGUUAACAUUCUAUGUAUUAUAAAAAUUCUUUAAAAAUGUUUAAUUUUUAAUUCGAUUAGAUAAUCUAGGACUUGUAUGCUAAACAAUUUCUCAAUAAAGUUUUUAAUGCAA